GCCGUGGCGCUCCCUGCCGGGGCCGGCGGCGGCGGUAGCGGAGGAAGUUGCUGCUUUGCACUCCACCCCGGUAGCAGCUCCGCGGCUGGGGACGGCUUCCUGCGGGUGCUCCGCAGUCUUCGCUGCCGCAGCCGCUCGUCAGUCCGACUGGAUCAUGGGGUUGCCCAAAGGGCCAGAGGGCCAAGGUCUCCCGGAGGUAGAAACAAGAGAAGAUGAAGAACAAAAUGUCAAGUUGACUGAAAUUUUGGAGCUCUUGGUUGCAGCUGGGUAUUUCAGGGCAAGAAUUAAAGGCUUGUCACCUUUUGACAAGGUAGUAGGAGGAAUGACUUGGUGCAUUACCACAUGCAACUUUGACAUAGACGUUGAUUUGCUCUUUCAGGAAAACUCUACAAUAGGUCAAAAAAUAGCACUAUCAGAGAAAAUCGUCUCAGUCCUGCCAAGGAUGCAAUGUCCCCACCAGCUGGAGCCCCACCAGAUCCAAGGGAUGGAUUUUAUUCACAUAUUUCCUGUUAUUCAGUGGCUGGUGAAGCGAGCUAUAGAAACAAAAGAAGAGAUGGGUGACUACAUCCGCUCCUACUCUGUGUCCCAGUUCCAGAAGGCCUACAGUCUCCCUGAGGAUGAUGACUUCCUCAAGAGAAAAGAAAAGGCCAUCAAGACUGUUGUUGACCUCUCAGAUGUUUACAAGCCCCGUCGGAAAUACAAACGCCAGCAGGGAGCAGAGGAGCUGCUUGAUGAAGAAUCUCGAAUCCAUGCUACACUUUUGGAAUAUGGCAGGAGAUAUGGAUUUAGCCGCCAGAGCCAAACAGAGAAGGCUGAGGACAAGAAAAUGGCACUUCCCACGGGGCUCUCAGCUACAGAAAAAGCUGACGCCCAUGAGGAAGAUGAGCUUCGAGCUGCUGAAGAGCAGCGCAUCCAGUCACUGAUGACCAAGAUGACCGCCAUGGCAAAUGAAGAGACCCGUCUCACUGCAAGCUCCGUGGGCCAGAUUGUGGGACUCUGCUCUGCCGAGAUCAAGCAGAUCGUGUCUGAGUACGCGGAGAAGCAGUCUGAGCUAUCAGCUGAAGAAAGUCCGGAAAAAUUAGGAACCUCGCAGCUACAUCGUCGGAAAGUCAUUUCCUUAAACAAGCAGAUUCUGCAGAAGACCAAACAUCUGGAAGAGCUGCAGGCAAAUCAUACCAACCUACAGAGCAGACACGAUGAAAUGAAGAAAACGCUGACAGGGUUGAAGAGCCAUAGCGAGAAACUGGACAAAGAACAAGCCGCCCUGGAGAAGAUAGAAUCCAAAGCUGAUCCCAGUAUCCUGCAGAACUUGAGAGCACUUGUAGCCAUGAAUGAAAACCUGAAAAGUCAGGAACAGGAAUUUAAAGCACAUUGUCGAGAGGAGAUGACACGGCUGCAGCAGGAAAUUGAGGCCCUGAAGGCUGAGAGAGCGCCAGGCGGAGAUGAAAAGACCCUCUCCAGGGGAGAGCCGCACGGUGCCCUGACCCCUGUGAUGACUCAUAACGAAGACCUAGACAGACGGUAUAAUAUGGAGAAAGAGAAACUUUACAAGAUCCGUUUACUACAGGCUCGAAGAAAUCGAGAAAUAGCAAUUUUGCAUCGCAAGAUUGAUGAAGUGCCCAGCCGAGCCGAGCUAAUACAGUAUCAGAAGAGAUUUAUUGAACUCUACCGCCAGAUUUCGGCAGUGCACAAGGAAACCAAGCAGUUCUUCACUUUAUAUAACACCCUGGACGAUAAAAAGGUCUAUUUGGAAAAAGAGAUUAGCCUGCUGAACUCAAUUCACAAGAACUUCUCACAAGCCAUGGCCUCCCCUGCUGCCCGGGACCAGUUUUUGCGUCAGAUGGAACAGAUCGUAGAAGGAAUUAAGCAAAGUAGAAUGAAGGUCAGACGGCUUCUUUUCUCUCCUGCAGCCUGUGUUUUGUGGUGGUGAUGGAGAAGGCCCUGCAAAAAGCAGGCCUCUUCUGGUUGUUCUGGGAACGUGCUCUCAGACCUGAAGACACAUCCUCAGUGUCUGCAGAGGGGCCCCGCCAUGCCUCUGAGCCUGCAGUGGGCAGGGCUAGCUCCAGGUGCUGCCCGCCCUGGGGGUUCAAAGGCUUCUCUUAGCAAUAACCCCCAUGGAUCGAACACCUGUGUGCCAAGCAUGGCGCUAAUCCUCCUCAAAGCCCUGUUCAGUGGGGAGUGGUACUCCCGUUUCACAGGUGAGGAAACCCACUUCACCAGCAGGCUUCCUCUCUUGCCCAGAAUCCCUUCCUCGCUGGAUCUUUGGUUCCUGAUAUUCUGCCAUUAGAGAUUCAUUCCUUAGAUCUUGAGAGCCUUUUAGUUUUCAGGAACCCCCCAUAAAAAACGCAAAUAAUUGCUGAACCAAAUUCUGCUAAAGUGAGAGGAUAUUGAACCUAAGAAGUCAGAAGAGAAAAGAGGAACUGACCAUGGGUGUGGGAGUUCCAGAGAAGCUUACAAGAGAACCAUUCAGUCUGGGGCAGCAUGGGAUUUUCUUUGCUUUGUGGCUCUGCACAUGGGCCGUCUCGUCUGCAGUAAAGUAGACUUGCUGCCUGUCUGGAAGCCAGACGCACAGCGCAGUUUCCUACUACCAAAGCCAAUGAACUUUCUCUAAUACCUCCAGAUGUCUGUUGCUUUGGGUCCUGUUUAAAAAACAUAUUACACCAGAUUGGUCCUCAGGUAUGGCAGUAAAACCUCCUGGUCUUAGGGCAUCUUCUCGCACUAUCUGGGAGCAAAGUGGUUCAGGGAGUGAUGCCAAAAUGUAACAUGUGGAAGGAAGGAUUGCCUGUGGGACCUGUCAUCACAGUACCUGCUCACAAAGGCACACAUUCAAGCUGCCUGUGAGCUCGUCUCACAAGAGAUGAACUAAGGGCAGACUCUCUCCACCUCCCUUUCCCUGUAGAAAAUAUUGAUCUCCCCAUUAAUGACUUCAAUAAAAUGAGGCCAAAGGAGCC